AUGGCGGAUACAUCUGGUGGUUAUUUGAAGCUUAUGUACUUGUCUAUGCUUGAGGACAUCGAUAAAAUUGGGUCUUAUAGUUUGGGGAGUGCGACCUUGGCAUACUUAUAUCAUUUUCUUUGUAAAGCCUUACAGAGUACCCAAAAUGAGAUAGCCGAAUUUUUGCCACUACUUCAGAUUUGGACGUGGGAGAAAGUCACUGUCCUCAGUCUUCAAAUAGUAGCCCAGAGAGAUGCGAGAACUAUUUCUCAUGUUGGUUUGCCUAGGGGUCCACAUGCUACUAUAUGUCAGGAACCGUAUUCCGAUGACUUAAUUGAGAGUCUUCCUCCCUAUUGUCACGCUGGACGAAACAUAUGGCGAGUUAGAGUUUCAAUCUUUUGUUGGGAUGUGGUCGAGGUUCAUUUGCCUGAUCGUGUUAUGAGGCAAUUUGGACUACAACAAGCUAUACCAACUUCGUUUCCAUUUGAUUCCAACCACUUUCGUCAUGAUCGUCGGGAAAGACCAAAUGCAAAUUGGGAGUUGGAACAUGCACAAUGGUUAUCAUUUUGGAACCAAUGCCUCCAAUAUAGUUGUGAUGCACCGGUUAAUAAUGAAUCAUUUCACUAUGAUGAUCCAUAUCUUAUUUGGUUCAGGCGCAUUACUCGUCUUGUUAGUGGUAAUCCUAAUUCACGUCUUCAAAAUCAACAAGGUUAUGUGCCUAAUUCAACGGCAUAUGAAACUAUGGUGCGUCAUAUUCAUUCAAUGGUUGAUGAAGCUAAAACACUUGGUGAUAAUCCAUCAUAUGAGGCCUUAUACAUAUUUAGAAAAAUGGUGCGAGAUCAAGGUUCUGAUUGUUUGAAAUAUGUUCAUGAGGCUGACAAGGUUCAUGUGUCAGCCGAUUAUAGAAGAGAUGUGGUACAAUCUAUCCAGUUACAUCCCCCAGUUCGUAGGCGAGGAAAAUAUGGUGUUGCUGGUAGAAGAGAACGUGUUGUUGAAAGAGGACAAACAUAUGUUGAAAUGGAUCAGGCCACACAAAAUGCCCAAGUAGCCUCAGAAGAUGAUCAAGCAACAUCUAAUUAUAAUAGUGGUUCCAUUUCAAGAGACUCUACAAACAUCAAGUCAUCCAAAUCUCUCAUCACUUGA